CCUCCUCCUACUCUCCUUCUACUCCAACCUCCCCUCCCUCCUCUCACCCAACUCAUCAAAAUUCUAUCAUGUCUUCGUUGUCAUCUUCUUCUUCUUCACCAUCUUCAUCUUCAUCUUCAUCUAUGAGUUUUCCCAUAGUGGUCAUUGCCAUUGUGGGAAUUCUCGGCACCGCUUCAUUCCUUCUCAUCUACUAUGUCUUUGUCAUCAAAUGUUGUCUUAACAUCCGUAUCUCAGAUCCUGACCGCAUUCUCCGCCGCCUCUCCCGUUCUCGCCGCCGCCUCCAUCGCCACUUCUCGUUCACCGCAGCGGUGCCUGUCGAACGCCGCCACGGGCUUGAUUGUUCUGCCAUCCGCGCCAUCCCGACCUUCCGAUAUUCUUCAUCCGCCGCCCCUCCGGCGGUAGAAUGCGCGGUAUGUCUGCUAGAAUUUCGUGAAGACGAACUGCUCCGCCGACUCCCCGGUUGCGCCCACGCCUUCCACAUCGACUGCAUCGACACGUGGCUCGAGUCGAAUGCGAGCUGUCCCCUUUGUCGCGCCGAGGUGACGAAGCCGGCGGAGGAGAGCGUGGUGAUUGAGAUCGGGGAGAAGUGGGUGGGGAAGGUGGGGAGCAUGGGGGAUGAGUGUGUGGACGUGAGGAGAGAGAAAGACGAGAGGUUUGUGGUUCAGCCAAUGCGAAGGUCAUUAUCCAUGGAUUCGUCCGGGGAUAGGAAGCUGCUGGAGGCGGUUCAGGAGGCGUUGAGGAGAAAUCCGGAGCUUUUGUUUAGAGAAGAAGGCAGUAGUAGUGGAGGAGGAGGAGGAGGAGGGAGGAGGCAGAGGUUGUUGAUUGCGUUCGGAGGGUGGCGGUCCGGUCGGAGUUCGAGGAGGGCGGUUCAGCCGGUCGAGAUGGGGGUUUGAAGAAUUGAAUAAAUUUUGCAGGAAUGUAAAUUUUUAAUUACUGGGGUUUGGUUUGUGAUUAAAAUGGUACUUUUGUGUAAUUUUUUUUGGGGAACUUUGAAAUUACUGGUUUUGAUGGACAUGUUUGUUAGAGAGUAGCAUUACGCGUUUUAAUAUAAUCUCAC